AUAAAAGCCACAAGUACAUCAGCUGAGGAGCGCAGGGGAGGAACACUAGCAGCGUCAAGACAGAGCCUUAUUACUGAGAGAAACGGAGGGAGAGAACAAUGACACGGUCCCGGAGAGGAGAAGUGAAUAAAUAGUCUGAAACAGUCAAGACUGCUGCCGGACGUUUUGGACACUGAGACGCGUCUGGAGAAGUCGCUCCUGAACCCACGUGCUGCUGAUCUACUGCUGUCUCAAGAUGGCAGGAGAUUAUCAUCGAUAACUGGUGAAAAAACUAAAAUCUUCAGCCUCACUUCAACGUGAAAAACUCAAAUAGCCACUGAAAUUUCAUUCAGAACAAUUUGAUACAUAAUAAAUAAGCCACCAAAAAAACAAACGAUGGCUUCCAGCCCUGUCCCGACACAGGAGCCUACCAACGGUGGCCCCCCGUCUCUGAAAUCUGAAGGCUCUGAGGAGUCCAUGAAGCUGAAGAAGGAGAUCUCCCUCCUGAAUGGGGUCUGCCUGAUCGUGGGCAACAUGAUUGGCUCUGGGAUCUUCGUCUCACCGAAGGGCGUCCUCAUCCACAGCGCCUCCUAUGGCCUCUCUCUGGUGGUGUGGACCAUUGGUGGCAUCUUCUCCGUGUUUGGCGCCCUGUGCUACGCUGAGCUGGGGACCACCAUAACCAAGUCAGGGGCCUCCUACGCCUACAUCCUGGAGGCCUUCGGGGGUUUCUUAGCUUUCAUCCGUCUGUGGACGUCGCUGCUGAUCAUCGAACCAACAAGCCAAGCCGUCAUCGCCAUCACAUUUUCCAACUACAUGGUGCAGCCCAUUUUCCCCACCUGUAUAGCUCCUUACGUGGCCAACAGGCUGCUGGCUGCUGCUUGCAUAUGUUUGCUGACCUUUGUGAACUGUGCCUACGUGAAGUGGGGCACCAGGGUCCAGGACAUCUUCACCUAUGCAAAAGUCAUUGCUCUCAUCGCCGUCAUCCUCACCGGCCUGGUGAAAAUCGGACAAGGUCACACAGAGAACUUUAGGGGCAUGUUCGACGGCUCAACUCAGAACCCAGGGGACAUCGCUCUGGCUUUGUACUCGGCCCUGUUCUCCUACUCUGGCUGGGACACCCUCAACUUUGUCACAGAGGAGAUCAAAAACCCCGAGCGGAACCUGCCUCUGGCCAUCGCCAUCUCCAUGCCCAUAGUGACAGUGAUCUACAUUCUGACCAACGUGGCUUACUACACCAUCCUCCCCAUCAAUGCAAUCUUAGAAAGCGAUGCUGUAGCUGUGACAUUUGCGGAUCAGGUGUUUGGUGUGAUGAACUGGACCAUCCCCUUUGCUGUGGCCCUUUCCUGCUUCGGAGGACUCAACGCCUCCAUCCUGGCCGCCUCCAGGCUGUUCUUCGUGGGCUCCAGAGAGGGCCACCUGCCCGACUACUUGUGCAUGAUCCAUGUCUACCGCUACACUCCCAUCCCCGCUCUAUUGUUCAACGGCAUCAUGGCUCUGAUAUACCUGUGUGUAGAAGACGUCUUCAGGUUGAUAAACUACUACUGCUUCAGCUACUGGUUCUUUGUGGGUCUGUCCAUUUUGGGGCAACUGUAUCUACGCUGGAAGCAGCCAAACAGACACAGACCCCUAAAGCUCAGUCUCUUCUACCCCAUCGUUUUCUGUCUCCUCACCAUCUUUCUGGUGGUGGUGCCACUCUACAGCGACACCAUCAACUCCCUGAUCGGCAUCGGUAUCGGCCUGUCAGGCGUGCCCGUCUACUUCCUCUGCUGCUACACUCCGGCUCACAAGAGGCCACUGUGGCUACGGCGCUUCAUUGCUAAAUGUGGAUUGCUGAUUCAGAAGGUGUGCUACUCUGUUCUGACUGAAAUGGACGACGACGACGACAAGGCAGAGUAAAGACGUAUAGUUUUCACAGCCUGCGGAAUGACUGACAACGUACCAUCAUAGGGGCUCAACCUGAACUCAUUGUGGUGCGUCACUGACUCCAUGAGGCCUCAAUGGACGAACACUCGGGCUUGAGUUGGACCCAGCUCUCUGACCUGUCAAUCAUCACUCCGGUGCUAAUAUUAAUGCAUGAAUGAACGAAGGUGCCCGGGGACGUGAUGGCAAGAUUUCACUCUGGCUGACUGAGACUUCAGAGAGAUCAUUUUAACGCACGCCUGAAGAAAUCAACACCUGUUUAAAAUACAGAACUGUAUGCAUUAGUAGAAUUAUUUAAUUAAUAUAUCAAAUAUUUUGUGAUAAUCACGUGACUUUUUGAUUGUACUGCAAAAUGGAAAUUACAAAUGUGUUUUUUUUAACACACAGAACAUCUUUGUAACCGAAAACAGUGCUGAACAUAGAAAAAGGAGCUAUUUGCACAAACAAUAACAGUUUUCAUAUUAACACAUGUUGAUGACAAAGUUAUAAAAUUUUUAUAAUGUCAGAUGCAACGUCCAGUAAAGGGCUAUUUUUACACAAAUUAACUUUUUCUAUAGCAUCCGAUUUAAACACGGGCUGUUAACUGUAAACGAGUUUGACACAGUUGAGAUGCUAAUGUAUUUAUAAUAAAAGUUAGGAAACAUGUGAACA